AUGUCGAAGCUGCAGUUGUCUGCGGCCGUGGCCGCGCUGGCCGCGCUGGCGGCGUUGGCGCCGUCGACUCGGGCCCAGAAGCUGACCGCCGCCACCAUCCGCGCCCAGGACGUGGACAGCAUCCUGUCCAACGACCGCCUCCUGUCCAGCUUUGUCAACUGCGUCCUGGACAAGAAGCCCUGCAGCCAGGACGGCCGCGAGCUGCGCAAGUCGAUACCCCAGGCGCUGUCGACGGGGUGCGCCUCGUGCUCGCCGAACCAGAAAGUGUUGACGGAGAGGGUCAUCCGACACCUGCGCGCCAAGCGGCCCCGCGACUGGGCCGCCCUCACGGCCAAGUACGACCCCUCGGAAUCUGCUUCUCACUCCGAAUAA